CCAAGUCAGUCCAUGGAUGAAGCGAGCUCACAAAGCCAGCCCCACACUGAGCACUUUUCUGGGGAUAAAACGAGCGAAACAAGCCUCAGAAACCCGGCUGUAUCUCCCAGCUAACGGCGGAUUCAUCACAUCUUCCUGGAGAGGAGUAUAGCCGCGAUUAAACCGCACAAAUGUUGGAAAGUUUAUUUUAAAACGGGUUUAAAGUCAGCAAAGAUCCCCAGAAUCCGUUGGGAAAGGAGCCAACUGUCGUACAACUCCUGAGGCUGCGGGCAGGCUGCUGUCCUGUGGGAUGGAUGAGGUCCAGGAGCAGGAUGAGUACGAGGAGCGUCUGAAGGACGUCUUUCACAGCUACGAUUCCAGCGGCUGCGGCUCCCUGAGUCCGGAGGAGCUUUCUGACCUGUGCUGCUCCCUGCAGCUGGACGAGGCCGUGCUGCAGUCACUGCUGCAGAAGCCCCAGAGACACACCGACCGGGUCUACUUUGACCAAUUCAAGAACGCCCUGAUCUUAGCUUUAUCCUCAUCCUUUGAGCCGGCAGCAGCAGAACAGGAGACUCUGUCCAAACCAGACUCUCCUGAGAUCCAGCCAAAGUUCGUGAAGGGCAGCAAGCGCUACGGCCGCCGCUCCACGCCGGGGUUCAUCGAGCAUCACCACGACUUCCCCGAUGUCAUGAGCGCUGACGCGGCGCAGCAGGAGGAUCUGCGGGACAGCGAUGACUCGGCUGUUCCCAGGAAGCGUGAGCGCUGGAACGCUCAUGAGACCAGCACAGAGGAGUUCGAGGCUGAAGGUCAGAUGCAGCUCUGGAACCCUGACGAGCCCAUCACCCCCCGGGGGUCGCGGCUCCCCCUGCUCUCCCCCGCUAUGGAGGGGAGGCUGCAGGACGCCUGCGCCCAGCUGCAGAUCAGCUGGGACGGGUCUGCAGAUCACACCCAGCUGAUGGAGCUCUGCCAGCACCUCGGACUGGAGAGAAACGUGGACAUCCUCCAGAGUCUGGCGGGUGACGCAGAGAUGAACGUCCAGGAGUUUGUCUCCCGGGUUUUAAACCAGAACAAACCUCCAACCCCGUCAGCCUCCACCCCCUACAGGCAGCUCAAACGCCUCCACUCCACACAGCCGUUUGAUGAGGGCGGGCGUCGCACAGCGUCCUGUCCUCUGAGCAGCUCCAUCGGGCUGCGUCUGUUCUCCAGCCUGGACGAUGGGACCGGCUUCACGGCGGUGGAGACCCUGCUGGACGCCUGGCUGGAGGAGGGGGUGGAGAACAGCAUGGAGAUCCUGCAGGCUCUGAACUUCAGCCUGGACGGGCGGGUGAGCCUCAGCGAUCUGACUCUGGCUCUGGAGAACGAGCUCCUGGUCACCAAGAACGGGAUCCACCAGGCGGCUCUCGCCAGCUUCAGAGCCGAGAUCAGACACCUGCUAGAGCGUGUGGACAGAGAGCUCGGGGAGAAGGAGAGGAUCCGCUCUGAUCUGGAGAAAACUGAGAAACUGAAAGCUCAGCUCGCUGCCGAGGUGGACGAGAGACACGCUGCCAUCGAGCAAACCAACAACCAAAACCUCCGGAAGCUAGAGCAGGACCACAAGGAGAGGCUGAGCAUGGUGCGCUCCGACCUGAUGAAGGAGAUGGAGCUGACGCAGCAGCAGAACGCUCUGCAGAGAGAGACGCUGGAGGCCGAGCUGCAGAAGAUCAGGGAGGACGAGUCCUUCCUCAGAGACCACCUGUCCAUCUCCCUGCAGGAAAACAGACGCCUAGAAAUGGAGUUGCUGGACAGCAACGACAGCCUGGUGGAGGCGCAGAGUCAGAACACCAAACUGCAGACGAGCCUGGACAGCAUGAUGAAGGAGAAGUUUGGAGACCUGGACCCCAGCAGUGCUGACUUCCUGCUCCAAGAGGAACGAAUCAAAGAACUACGCAGCAGCUACGAAGCUCACUACAGGGAGCUGCAGGAUCGCAUCGACGAGCUGCAGAUGGAGCUGCAGGAGUUUCACAGCGUGGGACGAGUCCUUCAGCCUGGACACAAAACGCUGUCUGAGGAGCUGGAGAGCAAGAGCCCCGGCAUGGAGUCUGAUCCUGGAAUCGGGGCGGAGGAGGUGCAGCCGUUCAGUAUGAGCCUGGAGGCGGAGAUGAUGCUGGAGCAGCUGAAGGAGCAACACCUGCAGGAGAUCGAGGAGCUGCAGAACCAGCUGGAGUGCAAGGUGAAUGUGUUUGAUGAGAUGCUGGUGAAGCAGAAGGAGGCGCAGGAGGAGCAGACGGCGUCUCUAGCGCUGCAGCACCAGCAGGAGGUGGAGGCUCUGAGGGAGGAGAUGCUUGGUGUCCAGAAGCACCAACAGGAGCUGCAGAUCUGCCUGGAGCAGGAGAUCUCCGGUCUACAGAGGAGGCUCACCGAGGAGAGGGAGGAGAUGGACGUCCUGCAGGAGGAGGAGCUGACAGCGCUCAGGCAGCAGCUGCAGGAGGCGCACUCCUACGCCGCUGACCUGGAGGAGCAGAUCAACACCAACAUGGAUGAAGAGGAGGUGGAGGAGCUGAAGAAGCAACAAGGGGAGGAGGACAAUACACUGCAGGAGGAGCAGACGGACAUGAAACUACAGGAGGAGAGGAGGAGGCUGAAGGAGGAGUUUGAAACAGAGAAGGAGGUGUUGCAAGAAAGACACAAGGAGGAGCUGAGGAAGCACGCAGAGGAGAUCAGGAAACUUCAGGAGGAGCAGGAGGAACUUUCUGAGGCAAAGCUAGAGGAGGUGAGGAGGAAGCUGCAAGAGGAAAAGGAGGUGUUUGAGAGGAGGUUGUUAAAGGACUUUGAAAGGGAGAAGGAGCUACUGCAAGAAAGACACAAAGAGGAGCUGAAGGUGAGGUUUGAGGAGGAACAGGUGAAGGUUUCUGAGGCCAAGCUAGAGGAGACAAAGAGGAGGCUGCAGGAGGAGUUUGAGAGGGAGAAGGAGAUGUUGCAAGAAAGACACAAAGAGGAGCUGAAGGUGAGACUAGAGGAGGUGAAGGUAAAGUUUGAAGAGGAGAAGGUGCAGCUGGAGGAGCAGAGCAACGAAUCUGUGAAUGUGGUGCUGGAAGAGCAGGUGUUGAGGAUGGUGAGGGAGCAGCAGGAGAAGGAGGCUGAGCUCAGGUUGCAUUGGGACGAGGAGAAAACCCGGCUGCAGGAGCUCCACCAGGAGGCGCUGCUGCAGGAGAGGCUGACGCUGCAGGAGAGGAGUGAGCAGAGGGAGACGAGACUGAGGGAGGAGCUGGAGAUGGAGAGGCUGCAGCUGGAGGAGGACUAUGAGGGGAUGCUGCAGGAGAGGGUGGAGGAGGAGAAGGAGAAGCUGGAGACCCAGAGGGAGGAGGACGAGAGGAGGGUGAAGGAGGAGAGGAGUCGUCUGGAGGAGAAACACCAGGAAGUGAUGAGAGAGGUGAUGCUGAGGCACGCUGCUGAGAGGGAGGCGCUGAGCGGGGAGAUGGAGGCGCUGAGGGAGGACAUCGCUCAGGAGAGAUCUGAAGCCGGUCGCCUCGCUGAGGAAAACGUGCUCCUGCGUCAGAAGAUCUCCGCUCUGAAGGAAGAGGAUCUAAAGGAAGUCCAGGAAGAGUUGAAACAAACAAUGGAGCACUUAAAGAAAGGGAAGACUGAAGCUCAAACUGCAGCGGAGACUUUCCAUAGACAGAUUUCCGAGCUGCGUUCCCAGAGCCGGCUGCUGGAGGAGCAGAACGGGAAGCUGUCGGAGAAGAACUCCCAGAACGUCUCGGAGGUGGAGAACCUGCAGCAGCAGAUCUCAGACCUGCUGGAGGAGAACGGGAGGAGGGAGGCGUUCAAUGCCCGGGAGAAAACCAAGAUGGCAGCGUGUGUGUGUGCUCUGGAUUCGGAGCUCACCAAAGCUCUGCAAGAAUCUGCACGGCUGCAGCAGAUCAACUCCCAGCAUGCACUGCAGAUCUGUGAACUCAGGGACAAGGUGGACAGAGUGGACUCCCUGGAGAGUUUGGAGAAGGAGGCUCAGGAUCAGCUGGCUGCAGCUCAGGAGAGGAUGAAGUCGGCAGAUGAAGCUCUGCAGACGGUGAAGCACCACAGCGCUCGUCUGAAGUCGGACCUCCGUCACCUGCAGAAGGAGAGGGACUCCCUCAAACAGGAAGUCAGCGUGCUGCACAAACAGCUGCAGAACAGCAACGAGAAGGUACCGUAAAUACAACCAGGUCUGGAGAUGGCGCUGCACUCGAGCGGGGUCCAGAGCCGCAGCAGGAAGCUGCUCAGGGAGGAGAUGUCCCGGCUGCUGCAGCAGGAGCAGACGCUGCUGAAGGGGGAGAACCAGAGGCUACAUGGGGAGCUACGCAGCGCUAGAGGAGAGCUGCGCAGCUCCAGAGACAAGGUGUGUGAGCUGGACGCCUCCCUGCUCUCCCUGCAGCAGACUCCGUCCUCUCUGGAGGCCAUGCAGCAGGAGAACCUUCACCUGAAGCAGCAGCUGGAGGCUCACAGGGACCUCCACAAGGGCUCUACAGCAGCCCCCGCUCUCUCAGAUCCCGAGGCUCUGCACCAGGAGAACGAGGCUCUCCGGACUAAGAUGGCUCAGCUGUCCACUCAGCUGAUGGAGUCGUAUCAGGCUCAGAUGGUGGGUCUGCUGCCUCCGUCUCCUCACAGGAUCCCCAGAGGAAAUCACCGAGGGGAGGAGCCAGACAACAUGCAGCAGGAUGAGAGGCAGAGGAAGAUGAAGAUCAUGGAGGAGAGGAUGAGGGAAAUCGAGCUCUCGCUGAGGAACGUCAAACUGCUGCUCAGAGAGAAAGUGGCUCAGCUCAAAGACCAGCUUCAUAAGAACGGUAAGGCGGACGUGUUGAUCAGGGAUCUGUACGAGGAGAACGAGGUGCUGCUGGAGGCUCUGGAGAAGACCAAGCAGCGGCACGUCAUUUCAGAGAAGAAGAACUUCCUGCUGGAGGAGAAGAUCUGCAGCCUGAACAAGAUCAUGUGUGACCUGACCCCCCCGCCCUCCCUGCCUUACCAUUACUAAUGCAUUCACUACAUAAACAGGCAGGUACUCAGGACCCUCAACUCAUACCAAAUGCAUCAGAGGUAUUAUUUCCAAAUGGUCAGUUUUAUUUUCACCCCAAAAGUUGUCAAAACCUAAACCGUGAACUUGUGAAUAUGCUAUAUAUAUAUAUAUAUAUAUAUAUAUAUAUGCGGUAUUUAGAUUUUUUUAUUUUCUAACCCCAUUAUGUCUGGCCUAUGAAGAACCAAAUCCAGUUUAUGGAUUUUAUCAUUUAUACAUUUUAAAUCCUAUUUCUCCGGUUUGUUGACAUGAUAAUGAUCUAAAGAGAAAACUGCACUUUGAUACAGGAGUUAUUUUCCCUGUGUGUAAUCCGUCCUCGCCUUUAUAUACAUAUAAUUAUAAUGUAAAUAUAUAAGUAUUAUGGGAAAGAGAAAGGUGAGUGAUAUGGAAACAGAAGAGACCUUUCAGUCUGUCUGUCUUCACGUCCUGAAUUAUAUAGGUGAACGUCAAGUGGUUUUACUUCCUGUUAUUUAAAAACACUUUAAAGGAUGCAAUAUGUAAAGCUGUGCCAUUAUGAGUUAUUGUGUUUUGAAAUGAAGGACCUUGUAUUAUUAAUGAAGCAGAAGCUCUAAAACUCAAACAGGGUUAUGUUUGUAAUAAAUAAAAUGUAAAUGUCUCCUC